AUGGCGUUACGUCGCCUCGCACUCGUGUUCCCGGGACAGGGCAGCCAGCGUGUCGGCAUGGGGAAGGAUUUGCUCGCGGACUGGCCACGUAUCGUUGGUGACGUACUGGAGGAGACCAGCGAGGCCACGGGGCUUAACCUGCGACGCAGGAUGAUGGAAGGUCCAGCCGAUCAACUCACGCCCACUCAUGUGGCUCAGCCAGCUCUGCUGUCAAUGUCCGUAGCGGUGCUGCGAGUUUUGCAACACGAAAUGGAGUUGCCGCCCGUGUACUUUGCUUUAGGUCAUUCACUGGGUGAAUACUCGGCGCUGGUGGCGGCCGAAGCUAUUGAAUUUGCUGAUGCUGUACGCCUUGUACAUUUUCGCGGCUUGGCCAUGCAACGAGCUGUAGCUCCUGGUGUAGGGGCUAUGGCUGCUCUGAUAGACGUGAAGCCUGAAGAUGCUGAAGUGUUGUGUCAAGAGGCUGCAAGUAGUACUGGAAGCGUUUGUCAAGUGGCCAACUACAACUCGAGCAAGCAAACGGUGAUCAGUGGCGAUGCACUGGCUGUCGAUGCUGCUAUUAGCUACGCUAAAGCCACCAAGAAAGCACGACGAGCGGUGCUGCUGAAUGUGAGUGCUCCUUUUCAUUGUGCACUCAUGGAACCAGCAAAACUGGAACUGCAUGAACAGCUCCAGCAGUUGAUCCAGACUAACAAGCUGCACGAGCCAAAGGUGCCAGUCGUGUGGAACAUCGAGGCAGAGGCGACUACCAAAACAGUGGAGGAGAUUGCACAGGUACUGGAGAAGCAGCUCGUGCACGCUGUUCGCUGGAGUGACAGUGUCGACUACUGCGUAGACAAAGGAGUUGAUCACUUUUUAGAGUUGGGGGUCGGUGGUGUAUUAAGCGGACUCAUCCGACAACAAACAAGUAAAAGCGACGUGCUGUCAACAAGUUGCGGCACAACGGACGAGAUCAAGACGUUUGUGAAAAACCAGCAGCACCAGCACCAGCACCAGCAGCAGUAA